AUGGCUUCUUCUAUCUAUGCGUAUGCACUUAUUUUCUUGUGCAUAUCCAUCGAAGUUUCUCCGAGUGUCUCACAAUUACAUGGAGGUGAUGAUCUUUUGCCAGGUUUAGACCGUCAAGUCAGUAAUAGUCUUGUUUUGGAUACCACAAAAUGUAUAGCAUCGGUGUUAGAUGUUCCUGGAUGUGUUGAGGAAAUUAUAACAUCUCUCUUAAGUAUUCAAUUACGAUUGAUUGGUCCUCAAUGCUGCAAAGCUGCAUUAGAAUUUGAGGAUAGUUGUUUGCCUAAUAUCUUCCCUCUGAGUUCUCUUUUCCCUUUUACACUUAGGAGUCUCUGCCCCAUUCAGGGUUCAUUACCACCAACACCCCCUCAACUUCUAGUUCCAACAGUAGCACGCAAAGUUAAGAACUAA